AUGUCGCUUCCCAACGCAGCCCUUCAGAAGUUGCUCCAAGAAGUCGAAGCGCAGGCUUUGCUCUCGCAGCAGAAAAUCACCCAAACCCAGGCAGAACUCGGCGCCAAACGACGCGAUGCUCGCUUGAACCAGCUUACGUCCAAUGAGCUCAAGUCUCUGUCCAAUGACACUAAGGUCUAUGAGGGUGUUGGCAAGAUGUUCGUAGCGGUGCCUAUCUCGACAAUGAGCGAGCGGCUGGCUUCCGAAGCCAACGCCUUGAACAAAGACAUUUCAGAGCUGGAAAAGAGACUGCACUACCAGGAGACGACCUACAAAAAUAGCCGGCAACACAUCGAGAAGAUCCUACAGUCCGGAUCUGCCUGA